GGGUGAGAAGCGGCUGCAGAGCCGAGCGGAGGAGGCAGGAACGGAGUUCGAGCGGCAGCUGGGUGGGCACCAUGGCUGGAAUCACCACCAUCGAGGCGGUGAAGCGCAAGAUCCAGGUUCUGCAGCAGCAGGCCGAUGAUGCCGAGGAAAGAGCCGAGCGGCUGCAGCGGGAAGUGGAGGGAGAAAGGCGGGCCCGGGAACAGGCUGAGGCUGAGGUGGCCUCCUUGAACCGUAGGAUCCAGCUGGUCGAAGAGGAGCUGGACCGUGCUCAGGAGCGCCUGGCCACUGCCCUGCAAAAGCUGGAAGAAGCAGAAAAAGCUGCUGAUGAGAGCGAGAGAGGUAUGAAGGUUAUUGAAAACCGGGCCUUAAAAGAUGAAGAAAAGAUGGAACUCCAGGAAAUCCAACUCAAAGAAGCUAAGCACAUUGCAGAAGAGGCAGAUAGGAAAUAUGAAGAGGUGGCUCGUAAGUUGGUGAUUAUUGAAGGAGACCUGGAACGCACAGAGGAGCGAGCUGAGCUGGCAGAAUCCCGUUGCCGAGAGAUGGAUGAGCAGAUCAGACUGAUGGACCAGAACCUGAAGUGUCUGAGUGCUGCUGAAGAAAAGUACUCUCAAAAAGAAGACAAAUAUGAGGAAGAGAUCAAGAUUCUUACUGAUAAACUCAAGGAGGCAGAGACCCGUGCUGAGUUUGCUGAGAGAUCGGUAGCCAAGCUGGAAAAGACAAUUGAUGAUUUGGAAGAUAAACUGAAAUGCACCAAAGAGGAGCAUCUCUGUACACAAAGGAUGCUGGACCAGACUCUGCUGGACCUGAAUGAGAUGUAGAGCACCCCAGGCCCUCCCUGCCGCUGAUCCUCCCUCUGACCCGACUCCGCCUGAGGCCAGCCUGCCCGAAGCUGACCUUUAACCUGAGGGCUGAUCUUUAACUGGAAGGCUGCUUUCUCCUUUCGCCGUUCCCUCUACUCCCCUGUGUCUUUUUGGCCAAACUGUCUCUGCCACUUCCCAGAGAUUCUAGCUGGGCUAGAGGCUGAGCACAUUUGGGAACAACAUUUAAGGGAAUGUGAGCACAAUGCAAAAUGUCUUUAAAAGCAUGUUGUGAUGUACACAUUUUGUAAUUAACCUUUUUUGUUGUUUUGAAGCAACCGUUGGUAAAAACAUUCCAAAUAAUUCCACAGCUCUGAAGCAAACAAACUAAUCCCUUUUUCUCUUUUGGAAGGUGACUUUUUUGUUUAAUACAUAUUACCCUCUCCAUGGAGAAGGGAAAAAAGUGUGGGCCUGCCUUACUGAGAACCAAACAGAGCCCUGGAAAAGUCUCCACUAUGAAAAAUCUCAUUGCUCUGUACAAAGUACUAGCCAAACCAGAAAGGUGAUUCCAGGAGGAGUUAGCCAAAACAACAACAAAAAUGUGCUAUUCAGGUUUUCAGCUUUAAGGUAUCUUUGGACAACUUUAUUUUUUAUUUUUUUCAUUAGAAGUGACCAAAUUAAGAUGGUAAGACCUCUGAGACCAAAUUUCUGACCUAUGUGUACCCCCUUCCCAACCACUCACAGAAUGGAUCACAUGCCCCUUAUGUUGAGGUGACCACUUAAUUGCUCUCCUGCAUUUUUGAAAGAAAAUUAUGAUUUUUGCCACUGAUUUAGCCAUAUGAAACUCAUCUCAUUACCCUUUUUGGGGUCUGAAGCUGCUGUCUCUAAAAGUGCCAUCUCAUUGUGCUUUGUAUCAGCCAGUGCUGGAGAAAUCUUGAAUAGCUUAUGUACAAAACUUUUAAAAUUUUAUAUUAUUUUAAAACUUUGCUUCUUUGGGUUUGGGGUGCCCUGGCCACCCCAUCUGGCUGUGAGAGCCUACAGUUUGUGGGCUGGCAGUGUGCUGAUCUUUGAAGUUUCUUUCCCUUCCCAGUCCCCACUUUUUGGUAAGGUUUCUAUGAAGUCUGUUAGGUGUACAUCCUGCAGCUUAUUGACUUAAAAUUUACUCUCCUUUGGUGUGGUCUCUUUGGGACCGAUUGGGAGAAAGAGAAACCAAUAGUGUACCUGUUUUGAUACUGCAUAUUGAUAAGUGUCUUUUUGAAAUAAAGAACCAGUCCCUCUCUCAGA